AUGUUUAUUCACACUUACAACAUGUCUGACUUGCCAUUUAAACUAGUCGAUAUGACGGAAGGUGAAUUAUACGCCGAACUCGAAAACAUUUAUUCAGAAAUGGAACAAAGUCGUAUAAACGGUGAAGAAAUUCCAUCUGAUUGUGAAUCGUUAGCCAGUAGCAGAGACGACCAAGAAAGUGAUACAGAAACUACUAUUAGAAGCAACGUGUUGAUAUGUUCAUAUAGUGACUCAGAAGAUGAUAUACCUUUGUCAACUAUCGCUGGAAAACUGCAGCUAGCUUCAUCUGCCUCAUCAGUUGGAAGAAAGUAUCCAGUUUGGUCUAAUGUGAAAACUCCUACACCACCUCCAGAUUUUACUGCGCAUUCUGGUCUAGCAGAUUGUGUAACGAAUAUGACAGAUCCAACACCGUACAAAUUAUUUCAAUUAUUUUUUUCUCACUCCUUGAUAGAAAGUAUUGUUUUUGAAACGAACCUGUAUGCUCAACAACAGUUCAGCAAGCAUAAACCAACUGAUGUUCGUGAAAUUAAAACAUUUUUGGGGUUAAAUUUACUUAUGGGCAUAAAGCGCCUUCCAAGUUAUAGGGACCAUUGGUCUCGCGCGCCAGAUCUACAUGACUCUUAUGUCAGUAAUCUAAUGUCGGUAAAGCGAUUUAGUUGGUUGCUUGGAAAUAUUCACUUGAAUGACAAUUCAUUGAUGGCAAAAAAAGGCGAAGCCAAUUACGACAAGCUGUACAAAGUAAGGCCAUUGUUGAACCGUAUGUCAGAGGCAUUUGGAAAAUGUAUGCUGCCAAGUCGUGAUGUUGCCAUAGAUGAAUCCAUGAUAAAAUUCAAAGGGAGAAGUUCUCUCAAACAAUAUAUGCCAAAAAAACCUACUAAAAGGGGAUACAAAGUGUGGAUGCUGGCUGAUAAAAAUGGGUACUGUCUAAAAUUUGAUAUUUAUACAGGAAAACCUAGUGGUGAUGUCGAGAAAAACUUGGGCUCAAGAAUUGUGAAACAGCUAUGCGAGGGUCUCGAAAAUAAAAAUCACUUGGUCUAUUUUGACAAUUUUUUCAACGGAGUCGAGCUAAUGGAAGAUCUAAAAAAUAUGCAGAUACAUGCCUGUGGUACUGUUAAUUCUUCUAGGCGGAAUAUUCCGAAGUUCAAAUCAGAUAAGAACAUGAAAAGAGAUAUAAUGGCUUCUCCCUUAAAGCAAAAGCGAAAACAAUGGAGCGAGAAAGAUAUGGAAAACGCCAUUGGAUCAGUAAGAAACCAAAAUAUGGGUUAUUUGGCCGCAGCAAGAGCAUAUAAAGUUCCACGCUCAAAACUUUUUCGCCUCUGUAAUACUGAAGGGCCUCCAGCAACUGUUAGUAAAACGAAGUUGGGUAAAAGACCAAUUUUGUCAGCGGAGUUAGAAGAGGAACUAGUACGAUAUUUACUUAUAAUGGAUCAGAAGUUUUUUGGUCUGACAAGAAGGGAUGUUCGAUCCUUAGCAUUCCAACUUGCUAAACGUAACAAUAUACCACAUCCAUUCUCUCUUUUACGUGAAUCUGCGGGAAAAGAUUGGUUUUCAUCAUUCAUGCACAGGCAUAAGAAUACACCAGGUUUACGAAAGCCCACUGGAACUUCCCUAGCAAGAGCCGUUGGUUUUAAUAAGGAAAAUGUUACCGAAAUUUUCGACUUAUUAGAGAAGACUAUGGCGGAGCGAAAUUAUGGACCUCACCAAAUAUAUAACGUAGAUGAGUCGGGGUUGUCCAUUGUGCAAUCAAGAUGUCCAGAAGUGGUAUCGCUUAGAGGCAAACGACAAGUUGGUGCUAUCACAUCUGCAGAAAGAGGUUCACUUAUAACCAUCGUAAUGUGUAUGAGUGCGGCAGGUGAUUUUGUGCCACCGAUGAUCAUCUUUCCACGCAAGAAAGCCAGUGACCAGCUAAAAAAGGGGGCACCUCCAGGAUCCCUGUUUGCUUUUCACUCAUCCGGGUGGAUUCAAACAGACUUAUUCACAAAAUGGUUUGACCAUUUCCUAGAAAAAUCAACAAAACCAAUACUGCUGAUAUUAGAUGGCCACCAUAUUCAUACAAGAAAUCUAGAUGUACUUAUCAAAGCUAAAGACAAUCAUGUUACUAUUUUAUGCCUACCACCACAUACGACGCAUAAACUUCAGCCCCUUGAUAAGACCGUAAUGGGUGCAUUAAAGACGUUUUAUAACGAAGAAGUGAGAAUCUUCAUGAGGACGGAAAAACGUGCAGUAACGCAUUUUGAUAUUUGCCAGUUAUUUGGUAGCGCAUAUCUUAAAGUGCAAUCUGGGGAAAGAGUCGUUAAAGGGUUUAGUGCCACUGGGAUCUACCCUUUAAGAAGGAAUAUUUUUACAGAAGAAGAGUUUGCGGCCGAAAUGCAAAAGGAAAAUCAAAAUUUGCCGAACAAUAACACACGUGCUCAUAACGAGCAAAAUAACUCGCCUAAUGUUUAUCCUAGUGACAUAGUUCCAGUGCCAGAACUAACAAAGAAGCCGGCAACUCGGGGAAGGAAAUGUGGGCGUACUAAAAUAAUUACGUCGACGCCCAAUAAGGAGGAAUUAGAGCAAUCAAUUAAUCUCUCAAAACAAAAAGUUAUCCGAAACGUUUUCGAUGAACCUGGACCUGGUGGAUUAAAAAACAAAAAUCGUAAAGUGACAAAAAAAUAUGUCUCCUCUAGUUCUUCUGAUUCACAAUCUGAAGCAGUAGUUGAUGACUCAUCUGAUGAAGAUCUGCCAUUAAGCUGCUACAAUAAAAAGCCAACCGGUGAAGAUGUCCCAUGUAUUUUUGCCAGGAAAAGUUUUCCUCGAGCCGAAGUAAAGAAAUAUGGGUGCAAUGCGUAA